UUUUUUUCCUUGUCUGUUACAUGAUUCAUUAAAAAAUGUCUCUGUUCACUCCCCUUACAGAUCCACAAUGGAACGUAGAGAGGUGACAAGAUUGAUGAAGUACUACACCAUCACCACCGUGCACCUGGCGACCUGGUUAGCGUGCACUGCGCCCGGCCCGCCACAGGAGUCGCUGGUGUGCAAGGAUAUCCCUACCGGCCAAGCCCUCCCUAACCCGGACGACACUAGGCCAAUUGGACCUCCCGGUCGCAGCCGGCUGCGAAAGAGCGCGAACCCAGAGUCUCUGGUAGCACACCGGGAGGCCCCUGUAUUUAUUUUCUUAGUCAACCUUGUGUUCUGUUUCGUUGUGUUCUUGAACGUAGCCUUGUCUUUGAUUUUUGUUAAUUGACUUCACCUGUGUUAGUUACUCACCUGGUCUCAUCAGCACCUUAUUUAGUUCAGUUCAUACGUGUUUGUGCCUUUGUCAGGUAUUGUUUGUUUUGACUCUGCUAAGCCUUUUCCUAGCGCAAUUGUGAGAACCAGUUAUAGGCUUCAGUCUUAGUUUUGAUUCACAAGCCUUUUCCCCUACCUGUGUAUGAUCAUUGCCUGCUUGUGACCACGAUUUCUGCCUUCUGUGAAGGUGAAAAAAAUACCUGCUGUGCUCUGCACGUGAAUUACAAUACCCAAGGCAGUGUAAACAAGCACAGCUGUAGUCGGUAUCGUCUGGCAAAGCGAAACACUAAAGUAUUAAUUCUCCAUAUUGCAUACCUUUUUUGAGAUUACUUCAUUCCUGAAACGCCCUCUUCGCGGACACAACAAACAAGAUUCUCAUCUCAUUCACCACAACUGAAAAAUUGACCUUUUCUUACAGCCGACCAGUAGAAACUGGUUUUGUGUUGAGCAGACGCAAAACAGAUUCCAGAUCAGCUACUUCUACCCUACAUGCAUUCCCCGACAUGACCCCCAAGCCUUGUAGCUGGUCCAGAGACAGUGUCUAAUUAACAACAAUAUCACAAUUGAAUCACUAAUAUGUGAUUUCUGUAUGAAUAAUACUCAUAACGUUGGUGACAAGUUAUAUCAUUUUUUCUUUUCUUUUUUACUUUUACAAUGAAUGUUAAAGAGGCUUUUAGGUUGUUUCACGGGCUAAUGGUUAACUAUGGCCAGUUGAAUGCCAGUUGAAAAAACAGGUGAUCCUGCAGUUCUAAAAGCCUACUAUAGUGUCUCUUGAAUAUGAAAGUGAAACUGUUUCUGAUAAAACAAUCUCUUUUCCCUCAAGCUGUGUACUUUUUCACUUUCCUCUGGGCAUCAAAGAAGGUAGUCAGAUUGACUUUCAAUAGUCAUCUUCCAAAAGGAAUUCACACACCAUUAUGGUUCAAUCACAUGGUCAAAUAAAGGCAAGAGGGGAGGUGGGAUUGAGACCGCAUAUCUUAUCUCAGAGGGAUAUGUCAUGUCAGUGAAAGUGAAAGACGACUUGAAAUAUUUACAUUGUCUGCACACUGGUUGUUAUAUUAUACAGUAAUAUAUGUAUUUUAUUGUCUGUUACAUGUUAAUAUAUAUUUGUUCCCUGUUCACUCCCCUUACAUAUCUACAAUGGAACGCAGAGAGGUGCCAAGGAUGAUGAGGUACUACACCAUCACCACUGGCAAUACUAUGGAUUCCCAUGUCCAAUUUAUGAGACAACUUGGAGGAGGCUUCACUGAAGUGAUGUCACCAGAGCAGAGUGAUGUCAUCAUGGCUUUCUGUCCCAUCGUCUCUCGUGCUGGUACUGAUAUUGAGGCAGCACUGCAGCAGAUUCCAGAGGGUAAAGAUGUCAUUCUGGUAGUCCUGCAUCACUAUUUUAACCCAGAGUGCACUGUACCUGACAGCAGCAGACUAGUGACCAGAAGUAAUGUAAUACUCACAGUGGACUGUCUGUUCCAUGAGAGUAUGGGAGGACUACUGAACUGUCCUCGCAACAAAGCAGCAGUUGGUAACAUUCUGAACCGGCUGAACAGGAAGCCAAAGGUGGUAGAUAUCGGCAUGGACAUCCCUGAUCACGGAAACAGGCCACAUACAUUUCUUCAAGGGAUGUCAGGAAUGGUGAGAUUCUUCAUAUUUGUGGUUGGCAAUACCUUGGGUGCUCAUGUGGAUUUGACAAGACAUCUCGUCAUCAGAGGAGGCUGUACUGAAGUGAUGCCACAAGAGGAGAGUGAUGUCAUCAUGGCUUUCUGUCCCAUCGUUUCUCGUGCUGGGACUGAUAUUGAAGCAGCACUGCAGCAGAUUCCUGCUGGGAAACCUGUCAUUCUGGUAGUACUGCACCACACCUCCAACCUAGACUACACUGUACCUGACAGCAGCAGACUAGUGACCAGAGAGGAUGUAAUACUCACAGUGGACUGUCUCUUCCAUGAGAGCCAGGGACUAUUGGAGUGUCUUCACAAUGAAGCAGCAGUCAAAGAGAUUCUGAAGAAGCUUAAUAUACAUCCUGAGACCGAUUCUGGAUCUGUCUGUAUGGGUCUGCUCAUGAUGGUGUGUUCCUGGAUCCUUGAUUGCAUCAGGGCAGUCAGGCGUUGUUGCCAGAGAUCACCAUUUGCAUGUGUUGUUGGGCUCAUUAUGUUUAUUGUUCUUUUGUGUUUGGUGGUAUCUUUGAUUGUUUCUUUCUGGAAACAAUGAGGUUUAUCAUAAUAACCUAAUGGAAAUAGAGCAAGUAGGUCUAAACAUCAACAGAGGAAUAAACUGUAGAAAUUACACAGACAACACAGAUAAACUGAUUUAAAUAUACAUUAAAAAUAAUGAAUAAAGCCUAAUAAAGAACCUACUCUAAAUCUAUCUAUCUAUCUAUCUAUCUAUCUAUCUAUCUAUCUAUCUAUCUAUCUAUCUAUCUAUCUAUCUAUCUAUCUAUCUAUCUAUCUAUCUAUCUAUCUAUCAGGAUAUUAUAUUAGUUUAAGAUGGCAUGAUGCUCAUGUAAUAUUGUAGGACUACUCUGAUGGUAUAUUCUGUGUUGUCACUUUGUUCUGCUUUGACUGCCCUUCUUUUAAAUAUUAAAGUCAUGGAAUGUCA